ACGGCUUUAUUAUAUUCAAAUUGGUCUCAUUUUUUUUGGUAUGGAGGUAUUAAUUUUUUACUGUAUAUGUUUUUUUUCAGGUGGUUGUGGUGGUUGGGAACUCACUGAGUGGGCAGGAUAUAUCCAUGGAGCUUGUAAAUGUAGCAAAGGAGGUUCAUUUGAGCGCCAAGAAUCCUCAUAACAUUUCUGAAGGCUUGUCGAAAGUGAUCUCGAAGCAUGCCACCUUGCACAUUCAUCCUCAGAUUGAGUCAUUGCAUGAAGAUGGGCUGGUUUUGUUCGUAGACGGCAGCUCCACUAUUGCAGAUACGAUCUUAUACUGCACAGGGUACUCCUACUCCUUCCCAUUUCUUGAUACUAAAGGAAUAGUUGCAGUGGAUGAUGACAGAGUGGGGCCCCUAUAUGAGCACACAUUCCCUCCUUCACUGGCUCCUUCUCUGUCCUUCAUAGGUAUCCCAAGAAAGCUCAUUGGGUUCCCUUUCUUUGAGUCUCAAGCAAUAUGGAUAGCACAGCUUCUGUCCGGAAAGAGGACACUACCAUCAUGGGAGGAUAUGAUGCAGUCCAUCAAGGAGUUUUAUAAGUCUAGAGAUCUCGCUGGCAUCCCUAAACAUAACACCCAUGAUCUCGCAGAUUUUGAUUAUUGUGAUAAAUAUGCAGAUUAUGUUGGAUUCCCACAUCUAGAAGAAUGGAGGAAGGAGCUUUGUAUAUCAGCUUUGAUAAAAUCAGAAAUCAACCUGGAGACAUAUAGGGAUGCAUUUGAUGAUCAUGAGAUGCUUCAAGUAGCUUAUCAGAGCCCCCAUUUCACUCAGCUCGAAUAUCUGGAUUAUACACAGUAAAUGCAAUGAACAGAACAUGCAGCACUUCUCCAUUCAGUUUAUGCAAGAUUAGUUUUUUUCCAUCUGUUAAAAGCGAAUAUUAGACUGAAGUUCUGGAAUAUAAUACUCCUGUUCAAGCACCAAAAAGAAGGGAAAAUCCCACUGUUUCACAGCAUGUGACAAAAGAUUCAUCAAUAUGACUUAAUCAAUGAAAUCUACCUUC